AUGCUGCUCGCCGCUAAUUCACCUACAGGCAAACCUAUCAAUGCAGUGGCUUGCACGGGGAGCGAUGUAGCCGUAGGGAGUGAGGCCGUCGUAUCUGUGUGGGACCGCAGACAGAACCGCCUUCGAUGGCAGAACAGCGAGAUCAACGACGAGAUUACCGCAUUGGCCUUUCAUGCAUCGCACCACAACUUGCUGCUCAGUGGAGGUGACGACGGCUUGGUCAGCAUUUUUGACACUAACAUCAUUGAGGAGGACGACAGUCUCAUCCAGGCUGUCAACCACGGACCAAUCCACAAAGCAGGCUUCCUUGGACCAUCCAAUCUUUAUGCCUUGAGUUCGGACCAGAACCUCGCUCUCCAUUCUCUGACCCUACCAGACACCGAUGCAGAUGAACCGCCAUCCGAUCAAUUCGGAGACCUAAGACCCAUUAUCCCUUGCGAAUACGUGAUUGACGUCUUCCAAACCGGAUUGGACUACGUCGUCGCCUGCGGGUCUCAUAGCCAGUCUCGUGUGGAUCUUGUCAAAGUGGACAGGGCUUCGAAACUCGACCUUGACCAACGCAUUGUCCUCGAAGGCGCUCAUGGCGAGGAGGUUGUUCGCUCGAUCUUUGCUGAUGAAACGAAUGGGAUUAUCUAUACCGCGGCCGAGGAUGGACUCAUUGCCGCGUUUGGGCCCGCCGAGCAACCCGCUUCAUCAGCUGAUCGAUCCAAAGGGUCUAAACUCAAGAAAGGAAAUGUGACCGAUACAAGAUACAAGCCCUACUGA